ACUCGGCGUCCUUACGCUUGGAUCACAUGAGGCUGGUUACUGAAGAACUGUCAUUCGGAACUGCGUGGAAUGACAGAGAAGAGAAGGUGCUGAAAUGACAACGAAUGAAGAGACGCGAAGAAGAAAGCUCGACACAGACAAACAAGAUUCUCCAGAGGACCAUGUUGGAGGUCAGCAGCCUGACUCCUGCUGUGACAGGGUUUGUGUAGCUCAUGUUCACCCAGAAGCCAACGAUGCUAACACUCACUACUGUUUGUUGCAAACAAGCGGCUCCUGCACACCGAAACACCCACAGAGAACAUGCAGCUUUGCUGAUGAAAUACGGGAUGAGAGCCCGUGCAAGACCACCAUAAGUGCUGAAAAUGAAGUUGAGGCACAAAAACUCGCGAAUAAUUAUAAGUUUGGAUUCAGGAAGUGGAAGAGUCAUGUGACAGAGCGUCCCUUUGAAAACAGGUCGAACAUUGUGAAGGAGCUUUACUCUGAGCUGAACGUUAUUAAACCCUACUCAGUGGGUUCAUUGUUCACUUGUGGCAAUGUUCUCUACGUGUUUCUGUUUGGCUGGUGGAUCGCUCUGGUUUAUGUUUUCGUUGGACUCCUGAUGUUCCUCACAGUUUUUGGCAUCCCCUACGCUAAACUUUGCUGGAAGUUGUCCUGCUAUUUUCUGUGGCCAUUUGGAAAAUCUAUCGAAAAGGUUGUGUUUCUUUUUCUAUCCGAAUGCAGUCUGUGUGGUUGGCUACUUUUGAUCUUUGCUCUACACACGCAAUGUCUCUUUGAGCUGGUUUUCAUUUCCCUUCUCUGUGUAAAUCAGACGAAUAUUGCUUCCGUCACAUGCCUAUUCAUGGAUGAAAUGAUGCUUUGUAAAUGUUGCUGUUUUCAGGCCAGUGUCUCUGUGGCAGCGUACAGUGUGAAGAUACUCCAGGAUAAUUCCACCCUGGAGACAGAGGAGGACGGAAAGCCUUCCUCUCCUCUCCUGCUGCCCACACCUGUGGGGGAAACCAUAGAAGAGCCCACAGAGAGUCCACCGAAUGACCACUACUGGAGGCAUGUGAGCACAUAUAUAUGGCUGUUGGUGGGCUACCCUCUCCUGGCCAUAACACACUCUGUAUUGUGCCUGAUCUCCUGGCUGCUGGUUUUCACCAUCCCUGUGGCCAAGAUGAGCUUUAAGACCCUACACACCAUCCUGCUCAUACCCCCCGAACACGUUCACAUCAGCCAAGCCACAGAGGCUCAGGAACAUGAAGGCCAAGUCAUUUUAUGCUGCUACCAUGCAGUGAACCUCUACUACUAUAAAUACACUGUGGAUGGGAUCAAUGUUUUUGCUGUCAAUCUCUUACUAUUAGUUAUAAUAUCAAUAGUGAUUGGGUACGUGGACAAAUCAAACGAGUUUGUCAGCUCUGAAGUCAAAUUUGCCACAGCAGUCAUCUCUAUUAUUCCACUCUCAUAUUACAUCGGCAUGGGCAUUGCAAGUAUUUCUGCUCAGAGUAACUUUGCCGUCGGGGCCGUGGUGAAUGCUACGUUCGGCUCCAUCACAGAGUUGACCUUUUACAUCACAGCGUUGGUCAGAGGUCAUCACCAGGGGAAUAAGUGCCUGCAGGAGAUCGUGAAGGCGGCUCUUACUGGAACCCUGCUGGGCUGCAUCCUCUUCAUACCAGGGAUCUGUAUGAUAAUCGGAGGGCUCAAGCACAGGGAGCAGAGGUUCAAUAGUCGCUCGGCGGGGGUCAGCUCUUCUCUGCUCUUCAUAUCAAUAGGGGGAGUGUUUGCCCCUACGCUCUUCUCCAAAGCCUACGGGAAUCUAGUGUGUGAGAACUGUACCAACUCCACAGGGACCAACAGCAGCGGAUCCUUCAUGUGCAAAAACUGCCACUACGACCUGAGUGAAAACAACUACAGCCUGUUUCACAGUCACAUCGAGCCUCUAGUGUACACCAUUUCCAUUCUACUGCCCGUAUCUUAUAUCAUCGGUCUCAUCUUUACUCUUAAAACACAUUCCCACAUCUACGACAUUCAAGUUGGUGAUGGAACGGGUCAUCUCGGAGCGUCAGUGCACUGGUCCCGAUGGAGAGCUUUGCUUAUACUCAUCAUUGCCACGGUGCUGAUGUCUGCAUGUGCCGACCUGACCACCGAACACAUCCAGCCCAUUCUGAGCCACUCGUCUAUAUCUCAGUAUUUCAUUGGUGUGACUGUUUUGGCCAUGGUCCCCGAAAUCCCCGAAAUUGUCAAUGGAGUGCAGUUUGCUCUUCAGAAUACUAUCAGUUUGAGUUUCGAGGUUGGAAGCUGCAUUGCAGUGCAGGUGUGCAUGAUUCAGAUCCCCAUCCUGGUUUUAUUCAACAUCUUCUAUGAUGUUGGUUUCGUACUCGUCUUCAGCGACCUGCACCUGUGGGCCAGCAUCUUCAGUGUCCUCGUUGUGAAUUAUAUUUUUAUGGAUGGAAAGUCUGAUUACUUUCAAGGCACUGCUCUGGUGGUGGUGUAUCUCAUCCUGCUGGCCCUGUACUAUUUUGCUCCGUCUCCUUCUGGUUGCUAAAAGACAUUUCAGCUCAAUGAAUUCAAUGUGUGAUUUAGGUCAUAAAACAUUGUUUACUGUUUCCGAUUAAUCUUAGACUUACUUUGUGUUAUAGACAGUAAUAGAUAGUCUAUUACUCUUCAAAACAUUUUAUCAUUUGGUACAAUAACAACUCUGUUCGACAAAAAGAGGACCUGAUUUGGCACUUAAGUACAAAAGACCGCUUGUGAUAAUAGAAGGAUUUAUUAUUUUACUAAAAAGAAAAAAAAAAACAGACGCACAGUGUAUUUUGGAUUGUACAGAAUUAAUAGAUAAGUUAUUUUAUUAUGAGACAUAUCAGGUAUUUUGCAAAAAGAGUCCAGUUUUCAAGUGAUUCUUGAUGUGUUGGUAAAGGUUCAUCAAUACUUGAGCUUUAUGUAUGUGAAAUCAUGCAAAUGAAGUCUUAUAGAUGAUGUUAUUUGAAGUGAACGGUUUCUUAUACUGACAUGUUUGUGUUUUUGAAUGUCUAGGACUUUGUGACUAAACAGCUGUCUAAAAAGUCUUUAGAAGAUAUACGUAUUUUAACAGACCUAAGUAUUUUCUAAAUUUUUCUGAAUAAAUAAAUAUAUGCAUAUUUGUUUAUUUAUUAAAUUUGGGAUGAAUCUCUAAAUCUCUCUGGGCAAAACAUACAAUAAAAAAAAGAAUAAAAUAUUUUCUUUUUCAUCGCUGCAUCACAUUCUACAUGAUUAAAAAUCCUGUAUCUCACAUU